AUGUUGAAAAACUUUUAACAAAUUGAGAGAUUCAAAGUAGGGCACAAGCUCUUUCCUUCUCUUCCCCCAUCUCUCUCUCUCUCUCUCUCUCUCUCUCUCACACACACACACAUACACCCACACUCAUACACACACAGUCUCAGUGACGCAAAAACACUUAUGAACAGUUGACGAGUUGACAAUACACCCAGCAUCCUGUCUCUAAAGAUGGACUUUGACUAUCAAAAAAUUAAAGAUGAGGAAUCUCGUCAGAGGGAGGAGCGAAUCAGCUCUCUCCCAGCCCUACAGCCAAGACCCAUGCCUCGACCAUCUAUUGCUACAGAAACUGCAUCUGCUAUCCAUAAGCCUCCAAUCAAACCUAGACGCAGCAUCAAAUGCCGUCCCGUCACACAGCCAGGAUCAGGAGAAUCGCACAGUCAGACCAAUCAGAUGGAGAAUGAGGAACGGAAGCGAAUUGCUCCAUCUCAGGUGCUGAAACCUGCAGGGCCCCUGGAUGCUCAGACUCCAUCUCUGCAAGCUCAUAAUCUGCUGUGGUUUCAGAGAACGCAGCUGCCUCCCUGGCAGCCAAAACCCGUGUCUCUGUGGCGCCAUGGCUUUGCCACGCGCAGGGAAGCAGAGCAAGUACUGCAGGAUAAGCAGCAGGGCUGUUACCUGUUGAGGCUCAGUGAGUCGAAGGUGGGCUUUGUACUCUCUUAUAGAGGUGAAGACAAGUGCCGUCACUUCCUCAUAGAGCAAGAAUGUGAUGAGCCUGGGACGGAAGGUUACUACAUCAUAGCUGGCGAGAACAGCAGGCAUAACAGUCUUGAGGGUCUGAUAAACUACUAUACCCACAAUCCAGUGGGGCCUUUUAAUGAAACACUCACUGUGCCUUACGUGCAGACUAACGACAUCUGUGAGGAUAAGCCAAAGCUGGAAGAGAGAAACGAAGCAGAGAUAGGUGAAGAAAAAGAAGCCAGUCCACCAACUAGCAGAGAACAUACUCCGACAGCCUACACAGGAAAUGAUGUACACGCUGCCCCACAGUACGCUGUGGUGAGGAAAGUUCUGAGGAAGACUCACUCUCUAUCCGAGUGCAUAACUGUAUCUGACAUGCUGCCGCUUGUCCAAGAAAAUACAGAUAGAGGAACAAAAACUGAGAACGACACACCAGAGCAUGUGUUUGGCAACAUAGACACAUGUGUAGGAGAAAACGUGGACCACCCUGUGGAUGCACCCUAUGCACGUGUCAACAAACCCCAGCGGCCAGCAGGACCUUCCUCUGCUACCAUCGAAGUCACUGAUGCCAAUGUAUGGGGUGCAUCAGCAGCGUCCGAUUCUCAGGCUUUCCUUAAUGCUCCAGCUGCCGCAGAACAGAAAUACUGGGAACUGGAGCCUAUGCAUACUUAUGAGGAGGCUCUGCACACACGCCCUCGUGAUGAUCAGAUUGAUUUCUGCGCAGUUGGGAGGCACCGAGAAAACGCAAGGGAUACAGAUUCCCUUGCCAAUCAUGUCUACUCAGAGGUCAAUAUUAAAGGGACCAGAGAUGACCCCAUACCGGCUUCUCCGCCACUUCGGACCGGCACAGCAUUUAUUUCUACCCCGUCCUCCACAGGACCUGGUCCUAGACUGCCCCUAAGACCUGCCCGUAGACCUGUUAUACCUAGCAGCACUCAGAAUUUUGGUGUUUCAGCAAUGAGGAAUACACCCCCUUACCAACCCGAGCAGGCGCUGGCAGGAAACUCUGAGUCAUCCAUAUACGAGCAGAUUCCAGAAAGACCGAACAGAUCCAGACCUCCAUUGCCACCUCUGAACGGCAAACGCUAACUCCAGAUCAUCUCCCACGGACAUCUAACCCUUCCUACUAGCAAAUACAUCUGUUUUACACUGAAUAAGAUCGCUACUCAUAGCAUAGAAACAUAGAAAAAGAUAAAUACUGGCACGAAAAGCACACAGGAAUCAUUUCAUUUGAUUCAUAUGGUGCUGUACAUUGUAAUGCUUAACCUUAUCCUGAACUGGUCACUUUAGUGUUCAUUUUCUUUGUUUCGACACAGGUGUCUUUAACAUUGGAUCUUAUGUUUGGUUGCAUAAAUAUUCAGCAUGAACUUUAAUCUUAUAGAUCGACAGCAUCUUCAGUCUUAUUCACCACAGUCCUUGAAAGCGAAGUGUAUAUAAAGAGGAUUUAGAUCUACUAUGCAGUGGAAUAAAUGUCAGUUAGAAUAUAAAAUUUAUAUAGAUUCAUUAAUAAAGCAUUUUAUAUAAA